GGGUGAGGCCGUGGGCGAAUGACCGCCGGAGUCUGGCCAGCAUGACGUUGGCGGGGUGUCUGAUCUCCUCCAUAAGUUCUAUGAUACUGUGGACUCCUACGACAUGGUUGAUGGGAAAAAAAGAGGAGAUAUAAAAGAAACCGAAAAAGGAAGAAAAGAGAAAAAAAAGACACGACCUGACUUUCCACACUUAUUGACGCUACUACUCUUCCUCUUCUCCCGUGUUGUUUUUUGUGAACUUUAUUACUUUUUAUUUAUCCUGAUUAUCGCUAUUAUUAUGACGAUCUGCCUCUUCUUGGAUCCCUCCGAUGAUGUAUUACCACCUGUACUUGUAUCUAGUUCAGUUCUUUAUCUUAUCUCAGUCGCAGUCCAGCAACGCCCGACCCGGUGUUAUCUACUACCAAUAGUGUAGCUUUGACUGUUGGUCAACGCAGCAGGUUCAAUGUCUAGGUGCAUGAAGCUUGUUGCCUCGGUUUCCUGUACUUGGGAAGUAUGCCGAUGACUAUUAUGCCUAUUCUCAG